GAGUUGUUUCCUGGAGGGAUGUGUGAUUCUGUCUUCACCUUUGCUCUGAACUUUUAUUCUCGGUGGAAACGAAGUCAGUCCGGAUGUUUAAAGACUCGUGGGAACUUCUUCUGCGUCUGGAAUAUUUCCUUAAUUACAAUAGAAGCAUUGACUGAAGGUAGAACCCGCAGCGCUAAAUGUGCGAAAAAAGCGGCAACCACUUUGGAAAAGACGUUCUUCAGACAGAGCAGACAACACACACAGAUGCAAACUUUGAUCACGUUGAAAUCUCCGAAUGCAGAGACACGAACACUGUAUGUAACACUCGUUUAUACCGGAGGCGAUGGCUCAUUUUGUGUCUCUUUAGCUCUUAUUCGCUUUGCAACGCGUUCCAGUGGAUCCAGUACGGAAUCAUCAACAACAUCUUCAUGAAAUUCUACAACGGCUCUUCAUUCGCCAUCGACUGGCUGUCAAUGAUCUAUAUGCUGACUUACAUCCCCUUCAUAUUUCCAGUGACAUGGCUGUUGGAGAGGAAGGGGCUGCGGGUGAUCGCUCUGCUCGCAGCCUCGAUCAACUGCGUGGGAACGUGGAUCAAAGUGGCCAGCGUUCAGCCCAACCUGUUCUGGGUCACGAUGCUCGGACAGUUCGCCUGUUCCUUUGCGCAGGUGUUCAUUUUGGGAAUGCCGUCUCAGGUCGCGUCCGUGUGGUUCGGAUCUGAUGAAGUGUCCACCGCCUGCGCCAUCGGCGUGUUUGGAAACCAGCUUGGCAUUGCUAUUGGUUUCUUGAUCCCGCCGAUACUUGUGCCCAACGUGGAUGACAUGAAUGAACUGGCUCAACACAUCAGCAUCAUGUUCUACAUCACAGCCGCUGUGGCCAGCCUCAUCUUUCUGCUGGUCUUGUUUGUUUUUCAGGAAAAGCCUGAAACCCCGCCGUCUCUGGCUCAGGUGGCGCUCAGAGACAUGGCCACCACACAGUACUCGUACCUGGCUUCAAUUGCAAGACUUUUCCGCAACAAGCCCUUCAUCCUCCUCCUCAUUAGCUACGGACUGAAUGUGGGAUGUUUCUACGCUGUUUCCACUCUGUUGAACAGGAUGAUAAUAGAGCAUUACCCUGGUGAAGAGGUGAAUGCUGGGAGAAUUGGCUUGACUCUCGUCAUCGCUGGCGUGGUCGGCUCUCUGCUCUGUGGAAUCUGGCUAGACAAGACCAAGACUUAUAAGCAGACGACGCUCUCAGUGUAUCUGCUGUCGUUUGUGGGGAUGGUGAUCUAUGCUUUCACUCUGAACUUGGGUCAUCUGUGGGUUGUGUUCCUCACAUCAGGAGCGCUCGGGUUCUUCAUGACGGGUUAUCUGCCGCUGGGCUUUGAGUUUGCAGUGGAGCUCACGUACCCAGAGUCAGAGGGAACAUCUUCAGGACUGCUCAACUGCUCAGCGCAGAUGUUUGGAAUUGCAAUCACCAUCAUUCAAGGCAAAAUCAUCGAUCACUUCAGCACACUGGCCGGAAACAUCUUCCUCUGUGUGUUCCUCUUCAUCGGCUCCAUCAUGACAGUGCUUAUAAAAUCUGACCUGCGGCGACAGAAGGCCAACAGUCAAUCCCAGACAGAGGUGAUCGCUGACUCAUCCGUACAUCCCCAAGAUGGAAAAUCGCUACCGGUAAAAGAGGUGAAGAUGUAAAGACGGAAACAAUCGGAAUCACACUCUCAGUGUGCAUCACAAAUCCAUAUGAACCAUCAUACGCAUAAAUCCUCUUGAACUUCCUACACAGCCAAUAUCCUGAACAAUGACAGCUCAGUUUACAUACUCAAGCACAACCGAAAGUACGUUUUCUAACUUUACAUUGUUCCUUCAGUGCUCCCACGUCACAACAUUCAGUGGGAAUCAUUUGUGAAACACAAGCACAAAAAAUUGCAGGCCGUUGCAUUCAAUUCACACAUGUAUGGAUUUAUGAACAAUUCACAUGAACUGCUCGUGUUUCAUGUUGUAAUGUGUAAUUUUCUACGCCUUAUGUGUAUCAUGAUGUUUGCAUGAUGGUCCGUUAGAGCUGACCUAAACUUUAGUUAUGAGAACCAAAUGAUUUUAGCACUACAAGUACUAAUCUAGUAUAAAGUGUCUCUGUGACAGACACAUCUAGAUCUGAUUCAGGAGAUCUCGCUCUGUGUUCAGGUUAAUAUGGAAGGUCAAAGUCCUUCAAUGAAACCAUCAAUUCAAUAUAUGGUGCUUUAAAUGUGUGAGCGCCUUGUGAAAGAGCAUCAGUGGUCAGUGGAGAUGUGUGAUGAUACUCUCGUCUUAUAUAAUGCAAUACUAACACAACAACAGUGCAGAACACAGGGAAUUAGAACAUAAUUUAUUUUGGGAACAUCUGCAAUGGUUUAUGUGUGUUGUAGUGUGCAGUGUAAUGUGUGAUUGAUUACGCCGAAUGAAAUCCAAGAUGUUCUCUUACUCAUUUUGGACUGCUGAUUCCAAAAACUGUAUCUGUUUUGCUGAAGCAAAGAAGAGGUUGAAGACGUCUCGCAUUAUCUGUUAAUUACAAACAAACACAUGAAUCCUGUCUGAGCCGCAUUACAACGUUUUGUUCAAUUCUCAGCCCAUUGUCAUGUGUAUGAGAUUAUUUGAUGCCUAAUCCGGAUUUUAAGGUCAGAAUUAUGGAUAGAAGAAAAUGCAAACACGAGUCUGAUGUUUUUUUUUUUUGCUUUUACUGCAUCCACAGAACAUUACGGAUUUUGUGGGGAAAAAGGAAGAUAUUCAUAAACGUGUGUUUAUGUGAAGUUUAAGAGAUUAAAUGUAA